CGCCGCCGCACCAUGUUUCAGCCCGCGCCCAAGCGCUGUUUCACCAUCGAGUCGCUGGUGGCUAAAGACAGCCCCUUGCCCGCGUCUCGCUCCGAGGAUCCCAUCCGCCCGGCGGCUCUCAGCUAUGCCAAUUCCAGCCCGAUGAACCCUUUUCUCAACGGCUUCCACUCCACCGGCAGGGGGGUCUACUCCAACCCGGACUUGGUCUUUGCGGAGGCCGUCUCCCACCCGCCGAACCCGGCCGUGCCCGUGCACCCCGUGCCCCCUCCCCACGCCCUGGCCGCCCAUCCGCUGCCCGCCUCGCAUUCCACGCACCCGCUCUUCGCUUCGCAGCAAAGGGAUCCCUCCACCUUCUACCCGUGGCUAAUACAUCGCUACCGGUAUCUGGGCCACAGGUUCCAAGGUAAAAGUAUGGUUUCAAAACAGAAGAACGAAGUUCAAGAGGCAAAAGUUGGAAGAGGAAGGUUCGGACUCACAACAGAAGAAAAAAGGGACUCAUCACAUUAA